AUGGAAGGUCGAGAAACACGCAAGUUCUAUUUAAUGCGUCAUGGUGAACGCUUAGACUACGUUUUCGGUGACUGGAUGUCCCAAUGUUUCGACAAACACGGCGAUUAUUUCCCGACAAAUCUAAACAUGCCUGACACUGUACCUAAACGUCCCCAAGGACAUCAUGUUCAUAUCCACGACCCCCCUUUAACAAAAACCGGCAUUUUUCAAGCACAACUAACCGGAGAAGCGUUCAAAAAAGCGCAACUCGACGUUUCUCACGUUUAUUGCUCACCAUCACUACGUUGCAUUCAAACGUGUGAUGCUUUUCUCAAAGGGUGUAGCAAAAAGAGCGAAAUUAAAAUCAGGGUGGAACCAGGACUCUAUGAAUGGUGGGUGUUGUUUGGUGACCGUUUACCUGAUUGGUUAACGCCGAAAGAGCUAUACAAUACAUACAGAGGUAGUAUAACAAGUAACGUGUUAGCAGUUCCGUAUUGCGGUGUUAUAGUAGUUCGUCAGAUGGAGAUAAGUGGGACAAGAAUGGGCGACAUUUUUGCAGCUCAGCCACACAGCUAA